AAUUCUAAUAAAAAGCAUUAAUUCAAAUGAAAAUAAAUUAUAAAAAGACAAAGAUAAUAUUGUUCUAUAUUCCAAAUGAUUCAUCUUUUGCUGCUGCCUGGUCAUCGUUCAGUGGCGAUGUUAUCCAAAACAACAAAAAUUUCAUUUCGAACCCUCACUUCUUUGCAAAACCCGCCAAAGAAAAAAAAAAAAAAGAACAACAUCAAGAAGCAUCGCAAUCUUCCAUCUUUGUUGCGUUGAAUUAAAAGCGAUCAGCAGGUAGAAUCAGGCGCCCCACGAUUACGUCGUGACGUCCUCGGCCUGUUCUUGCACCACCGACCGAUCUUCUCUCUCCACAUCGACUGUCGUUGGCAAAAACGCAACGACAAGGGAAUCCGAAGCCAAUAAUAGAAUCGCAUUAUGAAGAACUCUUCCUACUAACAUAAUUUUUAACCUCGUCUUCCAUCACCAAGCAUGGCUGGCUCUGGAGUCAAGUACACCCCUCCUCCCUCGCCGCCUUCGCCGACGGCGUCUUUCUACGACGUCAGUGACGACGAGGAGGACGAGUACAAUACCAUCGCCCAUGCUGCUUCGGGCAGAGGGGUGAAGCUGCUGUUUUCAAAAAGCAAGGUCUACGUUCAUCCGACCCCCUCAUCGAAAGAUAACAUCCCCGGUUUCAUUGCCUUGAUCCAGCAAAAGCCUUCCCCUCCCUCGAACAGCUAUGCGGCGUCCAUAAAUCCUCCCAGAAAUUCUGAUGCUUCAUCUUACCUCCUCGCCUGGGUUCCGGAAUCCUCCCUUGGCGAUGCCUUCAGCACUUACGUCAAAGUCGAUCUUUCAGAUGAUUCUCAUCUGCGCCAGCGAUACCUGGUGCCACCCCUUCCCACCACUACCUCAUAUAAAGACCCGAUAGGGCGCUAUGCCUUUGCCGUACCCCUGUCGGAGGUCUAUUCGUUGCUUGUGCGACCUCCAAGCCUGGGGUGGUGGUAUGGAAGCUUGGUGAUCAACACGCGAUCGGGUGAUAACUUCCCAGCUCUCUUUUUCCACGAUAGUGAAUGUGAAUCGACCAUACUUCAGAAGAAGAAGAGGACAAAGGAAAGCUUCGAUCCGUUUAGCGACGAUGGAAGCAUGUUCUGGGGUGGCGACGAGGUGCUUAGGUGGCUUCGGAAAUACACGGAUGUGCAGCGCUCCGCUGUUGAUAAAAGUGUAUAUCUCGUCAACGCAUCCGAGGAAGACCGAUUGGCAUUUGGACGGCCUCUGAGUGCAGAUGGCGCAGCGGUAGCUGAACCCCAGGAGGCCGAGUCCAGCGCAAAUGGACAACGAGACGCUGGAAUGGACCCCUUUACAAAAGCCAUUAAAGAGACUCGGUGGAAGGUGCUUGAACAGCUUAGCAAGAUAACGACCUUUACCAGACGGACCGCAAAUGACAUUGCCGAUAACCCCCGGGUACCCCCACAAGUCCGUCGACUGAUGAAGGUCCCGGAGAUUCAGACGCUGCAGGACGAGUUUGAUAGUGCUAGGUUGUACCUGGCACGGUGGGCUAUGAGCAUUGCCGAACAAAGCGAGCGAGAGAGAAAUCAGCGGAUAUGGACUGCGCGGGAUGUUCUUGAGAUGGAGGAUAGCUCCGUGGGAGAAUUUGAAAUUCUCGACUUGGAGACGGGAACCAUGUCCAUCCAAGACCGUCGCAAUAUCGUUACCCUAAAAGAGUGGGAGGGAUUCUUUGAUCCCACGAGUGGACGGUUACAACUCACUGUGGAUGAAGUGAAAGAGCGGAUAUUCCAUGGAGGUCUUGAUCCAAAUGAUGGUGUCAGAAAAGAAGCGUGGCUCUUCUUGCUUGGGGUGUAUCCCUGGGACAGUGGCCGUGAUGAGCGACAAGCCUUGAUGAAUUCUAAACGCGAUGAAUAUAUCCGACUUAAAGGUGCUUGGUGGGAGAGAAUGGUUGAAGGUAGUUCAACGGCCGAGGAGUUUGAUUACUGGAAGGAGCAAAGAAACAGAAUCGAAAAGGAUGUCCACCGGACAGAUCGCACGAUCCCUCUGUUUGCAGGGGAAGACAUCCCUCAUCCAGAUCCAGACUCUCCAUUCGUGGAUGUAGGCACAAACGUUCAUCUUGAACAGAUGAAAGAUAUGCUCCUCACAUACAACGAACACAACCCGGAUUUGGGCUAUGUCCAAGGAAUGAGUGACCUUUUAGCACCUCUCUAUGCAGUCAUGCAGGAUGACGCAGUCGCUUUCUGGGCUUUUGUCGGAUUCAUGAAUAGAAUGGAGCCAAACUUCCUUCGUGACCAAUCUGGAAUGCGCAAACAGCUUCUCACCCUCGACCAUCUCGUGCAGCUCAUGGACCCUCAGCUCUAUCUGCAUCUUCAGUCUGCUGAUAGUACCAACUUUUUCUUCUUUUUCCGAAUGCUUCUAGUCUGGUACAAGCGUGAGUUCGAAUGGGUCGAUGUUUUGCGUCUUUGGGAAACACUCUGGACAGACUAUCUGUCCAGCAGCUUCCAUCUAUUCAUCGCUCUUGCAAUCCUCGAAAAACACCGCGAUGUAAUAAUGGAUCAUCUGAAAGCAUUCGACGAAGUCUUGAAAUAUAUCAACGAACUCUCAAACACCAUGGACCUCAUCCCUAUCCUAACCCGCGCAGAGUCCCUCUUCCGACGCUUCGAAAGAACCGUCCAAGCCAUCGAUAAAAAGAACAACUUCCCAGCACCUCCAACCCAUCAACGAAAACCCACCCAGGAUCCUUCUGGCGCAAUCAAAGGUAAAACACCCCAAAAGCCACAAUCCACCGGCUCUAGCAGCAGCGUCAGCGUCGGCAAUCCCGCCUCUAAUAACAAUAACUCCGAGCCAAAGGUCAUUUCCUCGGAACUUAGAGAACUCCUGUGCAAGAACAUUGCCCAGAAACAGGAGUCAAGUAACGAAUUGACAUGAAUUGAUGGUGAUAGAUAAAUCGUCUUUUUCUUAAAUUUCAGCUGAGAUUUGCUUGUUGUGUUCUUUCUUCUUUUUCCAUUCGCUCAUUUUAUCGGAUCUCUUAUUGAGUCUCUCGCUACAUUGGAAAUAUUGUCUCUGG